CAUUGGGAGCCUGAUGCUGUAAAACAUGUAGGUAGUUAACCGACUCCAGUGUCAACUCCCAUCGGUAUUUUAAUGAUGAAGGCUUUCACUCCUGCAUCUGUUACAUAUUUCAAUGCACCACCAUGUAUUACCCGAGUUCCCUGUGCUUGCUUCUGUGGUUUUAUCAGCAGAAAGCCACAGAGCGCAGAGCAGAGAGGUUGUGCUGCAAGAGCCAGCCGUAGUGAUGAGUAGCUGGCUGGGGUUGUUGAUUCCGACACUACGCGGCUGCGGGACGAGACAGCGUCAGGUCGACAAACAUUUACCAGAGGCAUUGUCGAUAAUCAAAGUUUGAAACAAAACGACAUAUUUAUAAAAACAACUGAUGUGCGCGCGUUGCGGGGAUGCCAGCCAGGCGUGGCUUGAAUUUGAAUAUCCAAUAUGAUAAUGCGUGGGGAGUAUGUAUAUAAACCAGUCUGUCUGAUAAGCACACUAAUCUUAGUGUGAGUAGUAAAGUACACGUCAUUAAAUAAAGGAAGCAUUUACCGAAGAGAAGGAGGUGAAUUACGCGGCGUACUCUUGCACAGUCUGGCGCAUGGGAUUUUACUUUCUAUGUUGCACAGUAAACUUCCUCGCCGGGUCUGAAUCAACGGAUAUUUUAAUUGCUUUAGCAGAUCCUUUCAGCUGUGCGCCAUGGCGGAGGUCGGGGGCAUUCUAGGGACACUUGACUUGGAUUUACAGAGUUUCCCCGCACUAGGAAACGUGCCCUUGGCAGAGGCUCCGGCGGGUUUGCUGAAUGAGAGGCUGGGGCAGAUUGAGGGGAGGUUACAGCGGGGUUCGUUGACGGAUUUCGGGCACCUUAAAGGGAUUCUGCGGCGGAGGCAAUUGUACUGUCGGACUGGCUUCCAGUUGGAGAUAUUCCCCAACGGGACCGUGUACGGGACAAGGCAGGACCACAGCCGAUUCGGUAUCCUAGAGUUCAUCAGUCUGGCCGUUGGACUGGUCAGCAUCAGAGGAGUGGACGCAGGACUGUACUUGGGCAUGAACGAGAGAGGAGAACUCUAUGGGUCGAAGAAGUUAACAGCGGAGUGUGUGUUCAGGGAGCAGUUUGAGGAGAACUGGUACAACACCUACGCCUCCACGCUGUACAAACACAACGACACGGGCCGAUUCUACUACGUAGCGCUCAACAAGGACGGCUCGCCGCGGGAGGGAGGGCGGACAAAGAAACACCAAAAACUCACCCACUUCCUGCCGCGGCCGGUGGAGAUUGAGAAGAUACCCCAGGCAUACAGAGAUCUGUUUCAGUACAGGUGACCAGGGCUGAGUGUCGGGGAGGAGGGUGGGUCGGGGCGGAUGUGUGGGACCACUGACCUCCCUUUCAGUCCACCCCACCACCCCCCACUAAGGUGUUUCCUGUCCGGCCAACCGAUCAACCUCUUCCGAGGAGCACCGACAAGAGAGAUAAACAUUUAGUGUGUUCCUGGACGCUGCCACUUCCUCUCUGAGAGGUUGUGUUGGCCUGUGGGUGGGUCAGAACAGAGAAGGGACAUUGUCCUUUCUAGGCACUGAGGAGAGAGGAAGAGAGAGAAUGAGAGAAGAAAGGGAUGAAUUAAAAGAGAAAAAGAGGGACGGUGAGAGACAGCAUGUCCUUCUGAGAGGGGCUGGCUAGAGGACUACAUGACUGCCUUUACCUGGAGGACUACAUAACUGCCUUUACCUGGAGGACGACAUAACUGCCUUUACCUGGAGGACGACAUAACUGCCUUUACCUGGAGGACGACAUGACUGCCUUUACCUGGAGGACGACAUGACUGCCUUUACCUGGAGGACGACAUGACUGUCUUUACCUGGAAGACUACAUGACCGCCUUUACUUGGAGGACUACAUGACCGCCUUUACCUGGAGGACUACAUGACCGCCUUUACCUGGAGGACUACAUGACCGCCUUUACCUGGAGGACUACAUAACUGCCUUUACCUGGAGGGUGACAUGACUGCCUUUACCUGGAGGACGACAUGACUGUCUUUACCUGGAGCACUACAUGACUGCCUUUACCUGGAGGACUACAUGACUGCCUUUACCUGGAGGACUACAUGACUGCCUUUACCUGGAGGUUUCUCUGCCAAACCUCUGCAGAUAUGGAAGGACAAACGGGCAGAGAGACAUGUCUGGAGAGACAACACCGGCCUCAAUCCUGUAUGACUCUCUUAAUGCCUAAACACCUGCACUACUAACUACCAAAUACUUUUUCCUGAAGAUAACCACUUCUAUAAAGGAUUCCAUGCCUAACCAGCAUUCACUGCAACUAUGAAAGAGUGUGGGUUUAGAUCUUAGCAGUUCUAGUAGGUAACUGUUCCUUAUGGAGCCAAAUUGAGCUUGAAUGUAUUGACUGUAAGAAAAGAAAAACAUAACUGAAAUAUUCAUAGUAUGAAAAAACUAAAUUCAAGUCCAAUUUUAAAAUGACUUCGCUUUUUACGAUUACAAUUUCUUCCCACCUUCGUUCGAAUCAUGUUUUUUCAAAACCAAGUUUUGAGCCUCUAUUGGCGUGGAGGCGGGGCUUUACCUGGGCAUUGAAUUCUUGCACCCGAUUAGUCUAGAAUCAAACCAUUAUAAGGAGCAAAUCAUAGCCUCCCAAUACAACCUGUGGUGAGUUUAAGAACUGUAUAAACUAGGCUAAAUGUGUACAUUUAAACAGAAUAAUAAACUGUUAUUCCCAGGUUGUAUCGACGUCACUGUUGCCAUGGUCACAAACACAGAUAUUGAUGAACGUUUAAUGUGUUCUGGAGGUACUAUGUACCCCAACAUAAUCUCCCUCCAGAUUAAGGGUGACCAGGGUGACUGGAGCAUAUAAAACACGGCAAACUCACUGCUCGUCAGGCCUGUCAGUGCACAAGGUGUGUACUAUGGUUUAUUUAACUAAUUAGUAACUAUCCAUGUUCAUUAAAUAUACAGUUGUUCUUAAUGUAAAAAUUUUUAUUGGUGUGGCUAAAAAAUGCGGAAUAAGUUUAUACUUAACUUAUUAACUGGCUUUUGUUUGCAGUGAUGUUUCUAAAAUCUUUAGGCUUAGAACCAAUGGUAAUUAGCCCCUGUCUAACCUCAGUCACUUGAACACGUUAAACUUUCGUCAACUUUCACCUUAUAAUGGUUCGAUUCUAGACUAAUCGGGUGUGAGAAUUCAAUGCCCAGGUAAAGCCCCGCCUCCACGCCAAUAG